AUGCUCUCCCGCUAUUCUCUCAACAUCACUGAAAUCUCCCGACUCCCUCUCGUAUUCUACGCGGCCGAUGGAUCUAUCAGAUGGUUCAACAAUUGUAGUAUACUCGAUAUGACAGUUUUUAUGGCUGUCCAGUACACAAUAAUCAUUUAUUGUGCAGUGGUGAUGUAUCAACAAAUGGAGGAGAAACUUCAAAUUCUAUCCGCCUCGCUUAGAAAUUUGCACAGACAAUUCUACAAGACAUUGGUUGUUCAGAUAAUCACACCGUCCGUCUUCCUGUUUGCACCAGUAGCUAUCAUUAUCAAUAUUCCAAUGUUCGAUCUGGAAAUAAGUGUCCCAACUGGAGCAUUUGUCUGUGGUUUCACAUUGUACCCAGCAAUGGAUGCAAUCAUUGUCAUGUAUAUAGUAAAGGACUAUCGGAAGGCUGUGAGGAUAAUGCUAAAAAAGUUGCUGGAUAUGUUGUAUCGAGUGUUGGAUUUGAAUGAUUAUCGAUUGAAUGUUUCAACCACUGCGACUGCGGGGAAAGAGGGUGGAGCUAACAAUGGAAUUGUUUAA